AAUGAAGAAAUAUUAGAAAAGAUGAAAGUACAGUGUUCCGCUUAUACCGCAGGGUAUCUAUGCAGAAAAAUUUCAAAAACAAUUGACUGCCAGAGCUGCUUACAGACUUACGUAAGCAGCUCUAAAGAAGAACACCACGCCUAUAUUCAAUACAGAGAAUAUAAAAGACUAAAACACAAUAACCUUCAAUAUCCCACAGAAAUGUUUUUGAAAUUAUACAGAGAAGCAAGUGUAUCCAUGAUCCAUAAUUUCUUAAAUAGUAAUUGCUUCAAACGAAAUGUUGGUACUGACCUGCAUUGCAAGUUAAGCCAAUUGAGGAUUUCUUGGCUGGGAUGUGCAGAGCAUGGCAAUAUUGUAAAAAGAAUAUUUUUAACCACAGUCAUAAAACUGCAUAUACAUAACUGGUGUAAUAUUAUAAAUAAAAUUUUAAAGGGCGACAUAGAAGAAAAAUAUGCAUCCAAAAUGGAAGAACCACAAAAAUUAGCGUAUAAAAAAUAUAAAACACAUAAACUUCGCCAAAGAACAUUAAAUAAAUAGUAAUAUUCUUUCGUUUUGAAUGCAUAUUUUUCAGCUAUGCCGCCUUUUAAAACAUAUUUAAAACCGGGUAUAUCGCGAAUUUAAAACCAUAAGUUUUGGGCAAAAAUUUUAUUUUUUGGUACAAGCUUUUAUCGCUGAUUGUAUUUUUUUUUCACAGGCAACUAAUACUGAUAGAGACAAUUCUAAAAACCCCAAACACAAUUAGUUGCGCUUAUUUAUCACAGCGUUCCUAUGGCUACCUCCUGUCUCCAUCAUCAGAUCAGCGUGAUGGUACCAUAAUAUUGCAUUGUCACCCGACUUACAUAUGUAUGCAAAUUUCCAGGUUCAUCGGAAACCGGGAAGUGGGUCAAAUUUAACUUGCAAGAUUUGUCCUAUUCAUACUAACAGUAGGGCUAAGAUGGUUCUAUUUUUAUCGCUUGUCACUAUGCCCGUCACUUUCGCACUUACAUACUUGUUAGAACGUGACAGGCAUGGUGACAAAUGAUAAAGAGCCGACCAUCUUAGCAAGUUAAAUAAAAGCUUAUAAUAUUUAAAAAAAAAUCGCGAUUGACCCAGUUUUAAAUAUGUUUUAAAAUGUGUUCAAAGCGCGAAAGUUUGAAAAGUUAUAUGUCGCCUUUGUUAUAAAUAAAUACAUUAAGAAAUAA